AUGACAACCUUGCUUCUUCUGUGUGCAUGUUUACAUGUCAUCUCAGCAACUCCAACCUUUGGAGACUUCUCUGACGGAGACGUGGACAGCACGCUGAGCGUCAGCAUUCCCGUGGAGAAGCCGCUGCGCCCUCUGAUGGGGGCAAAGGUGGUGAUGCCCUGCUACUUCCAGGACAACACCGUUCCCGACCCAGGCGCGCCCACCAUCGCCCCCCUCGCCCACCGCAUCAAGUGGAGCUACAUCUACAAGGGCAAGGUGUCCCUCGUCUUGGUGGCCUCUGAUGGCCAGGUCAGGGUGGAGACCGACUACCUGGAUCGUGUCCACCUCAUCAACUACCCCUCCAUCCCCACCGAUGUCACCAUGGAGAUGACCGAGCUGCGCUCGUCGGACUCCGGCUCCUAUCGCUGUGAGGUCAUGCACGGCAUCGAGGAUAACUAUGACUCUGUUGACGUCCAGGUUCAAGGGAUUGUGUUCCACUACCGAGCCAUCUCUACCCGCUACACACUGACGUUUGAGAAGGCCAAGGCUGCCUGCGUCCAGAACAGUGCUGUUAUCGCUACCCCUGCUCAGCUCCAGGCUGCCUACGACGAUGGCUUCCACCAGUGUGACGCUGGUUGGUUGGCUGACCAAACAGUCAGGUAUCCGAUCCAUGAGCCCCGGGAGGGAUGUUUUGGGGACAAAGAGGACUUCCCUGGUGUCCGCACCUAUGGCGUGAGAGAUGUCAAUGAGACUUAUGAUGUGUACUGCUUUGCAGAGAAGAUGUCAGGCAAGGUUUUCUAUUCCAUGUCUGUUGAGAAGUUCACCUUCAUGGAGGCGAUUGACCAAUGCACCAACCUGGGAGCCCGACUGGCAACCACUGGGGAGCUCUAUCUGGCCUGGCAGGGUGGUAUGGAUGUCUGCAACGCAGGCUGGUUGGGCGACAGAAGUGUGCGCUACCCAAUCAACAUUGCACGUCCUCAAUGUGGGGGUGGGCUUCUGGGAGUCCGCACUGUGUACCUGUACCCCAACCAGACCGGCUACCCCUAUCCUGACUCUCGAUACGAUGCCAUCUGCUUUGAAGAGCGGGUGGAGGAGGUGGUGUCGGCUUCACCCUCUCCGUUCCCAGAGCCCGAGUGGAGCACCACCGAGGGACACUUUAGCGUGGGCACCGUCACCAUCAGCCCUGCGCUCUACCCCGCCCACUCCACCACCGAGGGCGAGGUCCGAGCCCAGGAGCCUACCGAGGUGCCCCUGCCCUUCCCCUCCACCACCAGCACCUCCAUCAGCCCUGUCACGGAGGAGGCCAUCAUGGCGGCUACCGCCCGGCCAGACACGGCCAUAGAGCGGCCCAAGGAGAACCACACGGCAGGUGUGGUGUUUCACUACCGUUCUGGCUCCAGGCGUUAUGCUCUGACCUUCGUGGAUGCCCAGCUGGCUUGCCACAGUCAGGGCGCAGACAUCGCCAGCCCCCAGCAGCUCCAGGCGGCCUACGAGGCAGGCUUCCAUCACUGCGCUGCCGGCUGGCUCAGUGACCAGACAGUCAGGUAUCCCAUUGUAAAUCCACGAGCCAAAUGCUCUGGAGACCAAGAGCAGCAGCCUGGUGUUCACUCAUAUGGCCUUAAGGACGCCAGGGAGCACUACGACGUCUACUGCCACAUGGAGCAGCUGAGGGGGAAGCUCUUCCACGUCAGCACUCUGGCCGGCCUCACCUACUACCAGGCUCAGUCUUACUGCAGGAGGCAGAACGCUGCGCUGGCCUCCACGGGGGAGUUGUACGCGGCGUGGAGCCAGGGCAUGGACAGCUGCCACCCCGGCUGGCUGUCUGACCGCAGCGUCCGCUAUCCCAUCCGCAACCCGAGGCAGAACUGCGGAGGAGGGCGAGUCGGGGUUCACACCGUCCAUGUGUACCCUGGCCAGGCUGGCUUUCCCAGCCCCUACGCCAGAUACGACGCCUACUGCUACAGAGCUGACCUGUCCAUGCUGAUCUCCGAGGGCAUAGUGGACACAACUCACAUGGUUUCGGAGUGGAACAUGACCGUAAUCACAGAUCUUCUGAGGCCUGUGCGUCCCACCAUCUCUCCGAUGUUCGUGGACGUUUCUGGCUCUGGCUCUGGGGAGGAGUCCACUUACGGCUCGGGGGAAGUAUCGGGCAGCGGCAGGCCAAGCGGAGUGGAGUCCGGCUCAGGUGUUGAUGGAUCUGGCCUCACGGUGAUCCUCCAGGGCAGCGGAGAGCAGCUCUCUGGACAGGGCUCUGCGUCCGGCCUUCCUGAAGAGGCCGCGGAGGGCAGCACCAUCACACUCCCCGCGGCCUCCGGAGAGAUCUCAGGGACGGAGGAGGAGAGCGGAGAGGAGAGUGGAGAGGAGAGCGGAGAGGAGAGUGGAGAGGAGAGUGGAGACUCCAUGGUCAGGGAGCUGCCCCCUGGCUACCCCUUCAAGCAGUACGUGGAGGAGUCCUUGAUGAGCGGAGAGCAGAGUGGAGAGGAGAGUGGAGACUCCAUGGUCGUGCUGAUUGACAGGGAGCUGGUCGACCAGUCCGUCACCCCUACGAGAGCGGAGCAGGAGCUGGGCAGGGGACCCUCGGACGUCAGCGGUUCCGGGUUCCUUAGCGGCGACGUCAGCAGCAGCAGUGGCUCUGCCUCCGGCUUCCCAGAUCUGACCUUCGUGGACCACAGGCUGAUUCAGCUGACGGGGAGUGGUCAGGAGGAGCAGGAGGUGUCCGGCGUCCGGCCCGUGGGCUCGGGCGAUGCCAGCGGGUUCGGCUCGGCGUAUCCGUCCGGCUUCCUGUCAGGCUUCCCGUCUGGCGUCUCUCAUCGCCCCGACGGAGUCGUCCUGAGGGAGAACGAAGUGUUUGAGGUGACGGAGCAUCCCAGGGAGACGGAGGAGCAGGGUCAGGGGUCAGUGGAGGCCAGCGGGGCGGAGCUGCCCCCUGGCUACACCCACGAGCAGUACGCGGGGGAGUUCAUGAGUGGAAGAGGACCACAUGGGCACGAGAGCGGUCAUGACGCAGAGGUGAUGCCCACUACGACUUCGACGAUAGAGCCAGACGUGUUCCCAACAACAUGGGCUGACCUCACCACAGAGUCCCCUGGCAGCACCACCAGCCCCAGCGGCGUGGUCAGUGACAGGGUCAGCACCACCACUGUGUCCAGCAUCACCACUGCCUCCUCCGUGCCACUGCAGACACCAGCCGUUGUGGAGGAGCCGGCUGUUGAAGAUGGUGAUGCUGAUCCUUGCGCGCCCAACCCCUGUGGCUCUGGGUCAUGCUCAGUCCAGGAUGGCAUCGCUGUAUGCCAGUGUCCUCCAGGACAGACAGGAGAUGACUGCGCCACACCAACGCAGGGCUGUGAGCAGGGCUGGGAGGAGUUCAUGGGGAGCUGCUACCUUCACUUCUCGGAGCGCGAGACCUGGGGCAGCGCUGAGCAGCGCUGUCAGGAGCUCAACUCCCACCUGGUCAGCAUCACCACCCCAGAGGAGCAGGAGUUUGUCAACUCCAAUGCGCAGGACUAUCAGUGGAUCGGACUCAACGACAAGGACGUACAGAACGAGUUCAGGUGGACGGACGGGACUCCGAUGAGCUUCGAGAACUGGAGACCAAAUCAGCCUGAUAACUACUUCAACGCUGGAGAGGACUGCGUGGUGAUGAUCUGGCACGAGAAUGGCCAGUGGAACGACGUUCCCUGCAACUACCACCUGCCUUUCACCUGCAAGAGUGGACCAGUCAUGUGCUCUUCGCCUCCUGAGGUGGAGAAUGCUAGACUGAUGGACACCCCCAAAAAUCGCUACCCUGUCAACUCCAUCGUGCGUUACCAGUGUAACGAAGGCUUCACACAGCGCCACCUGUCUGUGGUGCGCUGCAUGCCAGAUGGCCGAUGGGAGGAUCCCCUAGUGGAGUGUAUAGGCAGUAGUACCAACAUCAGACUGAGGAAACGAUCCCUGAAGCAGCAGUCUAAAGUGGCAAGCAGUCGGACAUGGCGGAAACACCUCUAAACAGGACAGAAGAGACUAACAUUAGGGAAAAAAGGAUUCUGUUGUUAAAAAAUAUUUCUAUACAAGACAUUUUUGCCUGACAAAAACAAACACACGUAAGAGAGAUUGCCCAACUUAUAUAAACAUUGUCAAACAUUUGGUUUUGUAGUCUGCCUGGCUAAUCGGAUUUAAAAGUGUUACUUUGUUCUGACUGUAAAGAGGAGUAAGUUGAGGAAAGAUGGCUAAUGCUAUAGUUCCAAUGAGACAUUUUUUGCUAAAUUUGUGAACUGUUCUUCUGUAAACAGACCCGAAGUUGGUGUUAAUUUAGAGAGAGAAAGUAACUCCUCAAGUCCUACAGUAGCACACGCCAUCAAAGACAAAAGGCUGCCUUGACUACAGUUGGUAAUUAUGAAAAGCUCAUAGUUUCUUUUUUAAUUUGCAAAGUUUAGUAUAUUUUUGUAUUUUGUUUUCUGUUUUACUCAGGACCACAGAGAGUACAAGUAUCUUUUCCUGAGAAAAAGACAAACAAUUCCCCAUUAGCUCAGCCACUGGGAUCCAGCAAAAGACUCACAUUUCUUACCUGUCUUACAUUUAGACGGAGCGACUAAGGUUGUGGUCAAUCAGAUCAGUAACUUAGUUUUCCUGAAUAGUCAGAUCUAAUUUAUUUUCUGAGAUUACAGAUUUCACUUUGUAGUGCAUAGCACUUCAGUUGCACCACUACCAGUGACCACAACCACACUACCGAUAUAUUAUUUCAUUUUAAAAUCCAUUUCUGUUAAAUGGUUAAAACAAUCCCUGGUUGUGAUAAAGUAGUUUCUUUCUCCAUAAGGAGAAGACACGUCUCUAAAAGAGACCUUUGUCUGGUUGACAUUUACUGUGAAUGCCUUUUGGCCUGAGAGAUUGUACUUAACCAUGCUUGAUGACAUAAUGCACACUAUUUUGGCCUUCUAGGCAGAUUUGACACUACCGACUAGAUUUCACCAAACCAACAGAAGUAUUGAUCAAAUAAGAUUAUUGUGUCCAAACCAGAGUUUGAGAGAAUGCUUCAGCCUUGAAAUAUCUCUUGGUCCUGUGUGACAGAUCAAAAGGCAAGAGAAUGCCCAUCCAUGCUGUUUUACCCAUUUGACUGUACAGUAGAAAAAAGAUUAUGUCAAAACAUUGGUGUCUAAUAAUUGUCAAAUUACCAUCACUGUCUAACCCCUGAAAUAAAUAUUUGGCACCAAA